AUGGGAGUAAUCAUUGAUCAUCCUUCAAGUCAUGACAAUUUUUUACAACAACCAAAUACGACAUCAGUGGAUGUGGUGAUCAAGAAAGUGGUUAGGCAAUCAGAUUUCAAACAUGGAAAGCUUUCACAACAAGAUACGCUUGUUGGAAAAAUUAAAUUUGAAAUGGAUAGUAAUGACUCGGAAUCUCAAAAUUAUUGCAAUUUAACACGAAACAAUUGUUUACAAGAUGGACAGGAGAAAAUAUUUAUUGUGUUACGAGUUGAUACAAGGACGCAUUCUCUUAAAAUUUGUAAUUUAUUUUUAAAUGGAAUAGAUAUUUGUAGGACCAAUAGCGUUGGUAUUUAUUGUAUAUAUUACCAAGACGGAGUGAAAUACAAUUCUUAUACCAAGGAUGGAGAAAUGAGUGAGAGUUGUACAACUUUUUUAGAUUGUAUCAAUAAUGAGUCAAACAAUACAAAGAUAGAAAAGACUCACUCCUAUUUAGAAGAGGAGCAUCAAUCUCUUAUCGGCAGUACAUGGUGGAGAUGCAUUUCAUCAAGAAUUCAUGACCCAAUCACCUUAAAUUCAAUUGUGGACAUUAUUUUGGGUUUUUUAUUUGCGUACUUUAUUUAUUCGCUUUAUUAUACAGACGCCUUUAGCAAAGCUAAGAAUCAAUUUCUAAUCAUUUACGAAGGAUUUUUCAAAAUGGUAGUAAAUCAUUUUGAGUGGCUAAUUCGAGACAGCAAUCCUGGAGGAUUUAAGCUGAAUCGACAACUCAACUUGUUAUUGGGGAAUAUGGCUAUUGGGGGAAUCACAUGGUGGAAAUCACUUUUCGAAUUAUGUUAUUCUCUCGUAGCUGACAAUGAGACUGUUAUAUUGCUAUCUAAAAAUUUGACGCUAACUGUAGUUAUUGCCUGUUGCAUGACAGGCUUUUCCACGCUUAUUGCAGCAGUAUCUGACUGUUUCAUGUUAGCCUCUGUAAAUAUUCUACUUUUCUACAGAAUAACUAGGAGGCUCUAUUCACAACUCAUACAGAUUACCCUUUCUCUUUGGAGAUUAUUUAGAGGAAAAAAGAAUAACCCUCUCAGAAAACGAUUAGACAAUUGUGACGACUAUAGCAAUGAGCAGCUCGUGCUUGGUACAAUACUUUUCACAAUUUGCAUUUUUCUAUAUUUUACUGUUGCGGUGUAUUAUUUUACCUUUGCAUUUCUAUUUUAUAUGUUGGUAAUUAUCAGAAAGACACUUUUUUCAGUCAUAGUAUUCAUUCACAACUUCCCAAUUGCCACACUGCUCAAUAUCAAUGGACGAAGAAACAGAGGAGUGUACUAUCAACACUUAUUCACUGAUCCCACCACAAACACGAGCUAUUUGAAAAUGACAAGCACGACCAUGUCACUUUCAGAAACCAUGCAACCUCUAAAGCAACAAUUAUUGACACAGGUCAUUAAUGCAAACACUUGUCCAGCACACCAAGAUCAUCUCGAAGAAACAAGUUCCAACGUUAUUGUAAGGUUAUUAUUUGGUUAUCCAUUGUUUUACCACUAG